CAUAGAGUGAUCUGCCCGCCAGACACACCCGGUCGGAACCGGUCGUCGUCGUCUUCUUCUUCCUUUUCUUUUUCAAAUUGGUUUUUGUUCUUUACAUUAAUCUCUGUAAUUGACAAUUUCUUCUUUUUAUUUUAUUUAUCCCUCUGAUUCAUCAAAAUCGCAAAGCCAAUCUUUACAUCUGCUCCUUUCCAUUUCUAUUUGUGAUCAGGUUUUUGCCUCAAAGUGCAGCAGACUAGUUCAACUUAAAGACGGAGCUUUUGGUUUGGUUUUAGCAAUGGAUACGAAUCUCGUGGAGAUGGUUAGGGCCUCUUUGAAUUGGGUUACAAUGAUUCUUGAUGCUCCGUCAGCUAGAAUUGUCUUGUUCGGUGUCCACCAUGUUCAGCACUAUCCCUUGUUUCUGUAAAAGAGGUGAUAUCAUUGUCGCCGACGAAGGUGUUCACUGGGGGAUACAAAAUGGACUUCAGCUUUCGAGAAGUACAAUCGUGUACUUCAAGCACAAUGACAUGGACUCUCUUCGUAGUACUUUGGAGAAAAUCAUGACAAAGAACUUGAGGCGUUACAUUGUAGCUGAAGCUGUAUAUCAGAACUCAGGCCAAUUCGCACCUCUUGAUGAGAUAGUGAAACUAAAAGAGAAGUAUCAUUUUCGUGUUAUAUUGGAUGAAAGCAACUCUUUGGGUGUGCUUGGCCGAUCCGGGAGAGGUCUUGCAGAGCAUCACGGUGUCCCUAUUGAGAAGAUAGAUGUUGUGACUGCAGCAAUGGGCCACGCAUUAGCCACAGAAGGUGGGUUCUGCACUGGGAAUGCCCGCAUCAUCGAUUACCAGAGACUUAGCAGCUCAGGAUACGUGUUCUCUGCUUCUCUGCCACCGUAUCUCGCGAGUGCUGCCAUCACAGCUAUUGAUGUCAUUGAUCAAAACCCUGAGUUGUUAGUUAAGAUGAAGCAGAACAUUGCUCUGUUGUGGAAAGGAUUGUCAGAUAUCAAGGGGAUGUCGCUAGCAAGCAACCCUGAAUCACCUAUUGUGUUCUUGAAACUAGAGAAGUCUAGUGGUUCAACUAAAGAAGACUUGCUUCUUCUUGAGAAAAUGGCUGAUCGUGCUCUGAAGGAAGACUCCUUGUUGGUUGUGAGCUCUAAGAAGUCCUUUCUUGAUAAAUGCCGCACUCUUUGUCUCAGCGGGACAUUCAGAUACUGAUCUUAUUAAAGCAUCAGAGUCCCUGAAGAGACUCGCUUUAGAGCUUCUACUAAGUCCUAAUCCUUUUCUUUUUUUUGUUCAUUAA